GCAAUACAGAUAAUGUGGUUAUGGACAAGAUUUUACCUUAAUCUUAAUAUUUGCUAGCUAAUUGUUAAUUACAACUAUAUAUGCCGGCUUUUUUUUUUGUGACUUCUCUUUUAACAUUGAUAAUUCGUUGGUGCUUCAGACCCCAUUGACGCUUUUCUUGAAUAUUACUAGUCGCAACCUGGGGUUGGGUUGAUCUCAAUGGGUAGCAAGCUGCUUAAAUUUACGAAGAAGUGCUUGAGGAUGCCAGAAACACAUGAACCGAGAUCAAGCUCUGCCUAGAUUUCUGCUUUAGAUUUUAAGCUGUUCCUGUGUGUUUAUUUUUGGAUUAGAUCCAUUCCUAGAUCAGUCUCUGGUAAUGGAUAGUAUCGUUUCUUUUUUUUAGUGACAUGAAAAAAAUGAAUGACAAUAUCUUAACCCAUUCCAUGGAUCAAGAUUCUUGUACCAUUCCCCGAAUUAUCUCAACGGUUAAAGAACAUUUGGUAACAUGCACAAAUUGCCAAUCAACACUGCUACUACUUAAUUUGCCAUCAAUGGUGGGGAAGAAAUUUCUUGCAUCUGCCAGUUGAUGUUACCAAAGAAGUGGUGAAAACGCCAAAAAGGGAAGAGCUUUUGGACAUAAGGAGCCAAACAAAGCGAAGAUAACAUGGUUAGAUAAAAUCCUUAUCCACGAAAUCCAAAGGCCAACACUUUUCUUUCAUCCAGCAGCGUUAUAGGAAAACGAAAACAAAAAACCCAAUGAGAUACCCUUGACCGCCAUUUCUUCAAAACCAAACCACCUUCACCGUCUUCACUUCAUCUCCCAACCGCCAAAAAACCCUCCAUGGACAAAAUAGCUCUAUUCCGACACUACUUUAGUCUCUCUCUUCAUCAAAACACACUGAUCCAAAAUCCAACAAAACCCACAAAAAUUUCACCUUCUUCUGUGGCUCUUGGGCCCACAUUCACCUUUCCUGAAAUCCAACUCUCUACGUUUUCGCUUCCACACUCUUGGUCAAGUCUCUCUUCUUCGGGCACUUUUGACUUUUCUGACGAGGUAAAAGGGGUCAAUAGUUUGGAGUCGGUUGAAGUCUUGCAUGCCAGGUCGCUUAAAAUGUGCAAUGAUUGGAGUUCAGAUUCUGUGGCUAAGAGUUUAAUCUCAAGUUAUUUGAAAUUUGGCGAUUUUAGAGCAGCUACGAUGGUUUUCUUCACGGCUUUUGAUCGGAAUUAUGUUUUCUGGAGUUCGUUUUUGGACGAGCUUCAUAGUUGUGGGGGAGAGACACGUGGAGUUCUUGAAGUUUUUGGUAAAUUUUAUAAUAAAGGGGUGAGUUCUGAUAGCAAAAUUCUUACCUUGGCUCUGAAGAUGUGUGGCAGUUUGAUGGAUUCACGGCUGGGAUUACAGAUUCAUGCUGAUUUGAUCAAGAAGGGUUUUGAUUUGGAUGUAUAUUUGAAGUGUGCAUUAAUGAAUUUAUAUGGGAGGUGUUGGGAUUUGGAGAGUGCUAAUCAAGUUUUUAAUGAAAUGGUGGAAAAGGAAGAUCCUGUAUGGAAUGAGGCUAUCAUGGUAAACAUGAGGAAUGAGCAAUGGGAGAAAGCUAUGGAGUUGUUUAGAGAAAUGCAGUUUUCUUCUGCCAAAACUAAUAGUAGUACCAUUGCGAAGAUGCUGCAAGGCUGUAGCAAAGUGGGAGCUCUCGAGGAAGGAAAGCAAAUUCAUGGGUAUGUAUUAAAAUUUGCAUUGGUUUCCGAUAUGUCAGUUUGUAAUUCCUUGAUUAAUAUGUACUCAAAAAAUAAUAGACUGGAACUAGCUAGGAGAGUUUUUGAUUUGAUGGAAGAUCAUAACCUGUCUUCAUGGAAUUCCAUAAUUUCAAGUUAUGCUGCUCGUGGUUAUUUGAAUGAUGCUUGGGAUUUAUUAAAUGAAAUGGAAUCAUCUGCUAUGAAACCUGAUAUAAUAACCUGGAACUGCCUUCUCUCUGGCCAUGCCCUUCAUGGCUCUUAUAAAGCUGUCCUGACGAUGUUGCGAAGAAUGCAAGUAAUGGGUUUCAGGCCAAAUUCGAGCUCUGUCACCAGUGUUCUUCAAGCUGCUGCUGAAUUGGGGAUCUUGAAUUUGGGGAGUGAAAUUCAUGGUUAUGUUAUAAGAAAUGGGCUUGAUUCUGAUGUAUAUGUAGGAACUUCAUUGUUAGACAUGUACGUGAAGCAUGAUUGUCUAGGAAAAGCUCAGGCAGUUUUUGAUAACAUGAAUAACAGAAAUAUUGUUGCUUGGAACUCGUUAAUAUCAGGAUAUUCCUUCAAGGGCCUUUUUGAAGAUGCUAUGACCUUAUUGAAUGGAAUGAAAGAGGAAGGAAUAACGCCAGACCUAGUGACAUGGAAUGGUUUGAUUUCAGGGUAUUCCAUUUGGGGGCGCAGUAACGAGGCUUUAGCCCUGAUUCAUCAAACAAAAAAUUCUGGAAUGACUCCCAAUGUGGUAUCUUGGACUGCUCUAAUAUCGGGCAGUUCACAGAAUGGAAACUAUAGGGAUUCCCUCGAAUUUUUUAUCCAAAUGCAACAAGAAGGUAUCAGGCCCAACUCUGUCACCAUAUCCUGCUUACUUAGAAAUUGUGGAGGUCUAUCUCUAUUACAGAAAGGCAAAGAGAUACACUGCGUCAGCAUAAAAAAUGGUUUUAUUGAAGAUGUGUUUGCAGCUACAGCACUUAUUGACAUGUAUAGUAAAUCUGGCAAUUUGAAAGCUGCUUAUGAAGUUUUUAAGAGGAUUGAAAAUAAAACAUUGGCCUCCUGGAAUUGUCUCAUAAUGGGGUUUGCAAUCUAUGGCCUUGGUAAAGAGGUGGUCUCGCUCUUUGACGAGAUGCUUGGAGCAGGCAUCCUACCAGAUGCCAUAACGUUCACAGCUGUACUCUCUGGUUGCAAGAAUUCAGGUUUAGUUGAUGAAGGAUGGAAAUUUUUUGACAGUAUGAGCUCUGAUUAUGGUAUAAUACCAACAUUUGAACAUUAUUCUUGUAUGGUAGAUCUUCUGGGAAGAGCUGGAUAUCUUGAUGAAGCUUGGGAUUUCAUCCAAAAAAUGCCAUUGAGACCGGAUGCUACUAUUUGGGGUGCUCUUCUUAUAUCCUGUCGAAUCCAUAAGAACAUGCAAUUCGCAGAGAUUGCUGCAAAGAAACUUUUCAAGUUAGAACCAUAUAAUUCUGCAAAUUAUGUUUUGAUGAUGAAUCUAUAUGCCAUGUUUGACAGAUGGGAAGAUGUUGAGCGUAUCAAAGAUUUGAUGAGAAAUACAGGUGUGAAAAAUGGGCAAGUCUGGAGCUGGAUUCAAAUUGAUCAGAUGGUUCAUUUAUUCUCUGCGGGAGAGAACCAUCCAGACGAAGGGGAGAUAUAUUUUGAGUUGUACCAUAUGGUUUCUGAAAUGAAGAAGCUUGGGUAUAAACCUGAUGUCAAGUGUGUUUGUCAGAACACUGAUGACAAUGAAAAGGAGGAGAUGCUGCUGAGUCACACAGAGAAAUUGGCCAUAACUUAUGGGCUAAUCAAGUCAAGAAAUGAUGCCCCUAUCAGGGUAAUCAAGAACACAAGGAUUUGCCCCGACUGCCACACUGCGGCUAAAUACAUAUCUCUGGUAAAGAAGCGAGAGAUUUUCCUCAGAGAUGGUGGUCGGUUUCACCAUUUCAUUGAAGGGAAGUGUUCGUGUAAUGAUUGUUGGUAACAAGGGGCCUUAAUGUCUUUCAAUAUCUAAUCUGAACCAUCAUGCGAAAUCCUGCAGAAGGUGGAAACCAGCACUUUCUCCUGCUCAAGCAGAAGAAAUACAUCAACCAGGUGGGAAGGUCAUUCUUUUUCUUGGACAAAGGACAAUCACGCAAUUCGAUUCUACACUCAUCAGCAACAGAUAGCUGAAAGCAAUGCAGGCUUGAGAAGAGGACAGUCCAGACUUAGCGACGUGUAUAUUUUAUAAGCCACUUACCUUCAUUCAUAGAAGUUCAAAGGCAUUUUUUUUGGUACAUAAAAGCAUUUUCAAGGAACCAUUACAUUGUUACAACUUCAAAACUAGAAGCAUUACAUCCCUACAAGCUUUCAGGAUAAGGAAUGAAAUAUUAUGUUUACUAAUUUGCCAUGGCAUACUCUUACUCAUGUCUGCCACUUCCAUUCCUUCCUGCCAACGAGGAGAAUUUGACACACAUCCACCAGCCAACGGUCAGGGAGGGUAAGCCACAAUCCACCGCAUGCUGCCCCGGUAACAUUUGUAAACCAAUUGAAUUGGACCAGGUUUAAAAAGAGAGCUAAUCACGAGUUGCCUCAGAGUGUACACGUGUAGGGAGUUCAGUACAGCAAAGACGAGUGAUUGGCUACCCCAUAAACUUUCCUAGCGUGGUAGCUCUAACUUAAAUCAAAAUCGUCACAAGACCUUUGAGUUAGCGUGCUGUGCAACUUUAUGACUAAAAAAGCGACCCCUUGGUGCAUUUCCAUAGUGUACCCGCACUUUCUACGCUCAAAUUCAGAGGCUGAGAACUGAAACGACACUUGAUAAAGUGCUUGAAAGUUGAAAGGCAUAGGUUAAUGGUUCACCUAAACAAGAAGGGAAAACUGAAAAGAUCCCAACAAGAAAAUUAUUGAAAAGACACAAUUAUGUACAAAAAGAAAAGAAAAGAGCAGAACUGUUACUUAAAAUGGUUCUCCAAAUCCAUCGUGCACCUACAUCUGCAGCUACAAUAUGGAAAUAAAAGCUUCCAUCUUUUCUUAUCUUACAUAAAUAUUUACAAAUACGACCAUAGUAACGUACGUAAUUACCACCAUUGCACAAAACCCAGAUGAAGAGAAACAACGGUGAAAAAGAACCCCAUCUUCGACUUGUCGGGAACCCCAUUAUAGAACAGAAAUUUCGGAGCCUUGUAAUGAAUUUGAAACCUCAAAAGAUAACUACCGAUGCAUUAAACAAAAAAAAAAAA